UACUUGAGUAGAAGCCGAAAGGACUAUAUAAGGAAGGUAUAUAAGGUCCUCCAAAGACUAAGGUACAUAGGCCUCAACCUAGACCUUAAGAAAUAUAUAUUCGCGAUAAAGGAAGUUAAGUAUCUAAGGUAUAUUAUAGAGGCUAGGGUCUAUAUCCGCCUCGACCCUAAGAAGAUUAAAGCUAUCUAUAAAUAG